GUUUGCUUUAUUAAUGGAUACAUAGAGAUACGAUACUGGGAUACUUGACACUGAUUCAUUGUGGACUCAAAUUGGCUAUCUCUGGAGAUGAUCACAGGGUAGAACAUAUACUCAAAGUGGGCAUCCAGUCAAAGUUGAUUGAGUUAUUUGACUAGCUGACUAAGCAUGAAAAUAUUGAUAAAGUUAUCUGUCGAUGAGUUUAUUGAAUUUAUUGCAAGCUCUUUUGCUCCUAUUGAUAAAUAAUUAAGAUGAUUUUGAAAGCAGUAUAUAGUGGAACAUGUAGGUGAACUGUCAGAGUUUUAUAUUGAUGCGGGUAUCGGAGUGUAUAUUUGCCAUUUAAACAUCUGAGAUUGACAUUUAAAGCUUGAGAAUAUCUAUUUACUGUGAAAGAGAAAGUGGAAAGACUUAACUGCAAGGGUAUAAAGUAGAACUAUAUAGUGGCUGUCUGGUGGAUUGAUGAUAGAAUACUAGAGUAAACAUUCAAUACAAAAAGGUUGCGCAAUAACUUAAACAGAUAUAAUGGAAGAAGGAAGUGACAAAGGUGAACAAAGACUAGAGGAUCAAGGUCAGGAAAAAGAAGUGGAGAAUGCAACUGAUGAUGACAUUCCAGAACAAAUAGAGUAUGAAGAUUCUAUAGAACUAUCCAUGUCAGAGAAACAGGAUUCAGAAAAUACAGAAGUAGUUGAAGACAGCAUAGAAGACCAAACUAAAGUUUAUGAUGAAGGUGAAGGAUAUAACUUUGCUGAAGCUCAAGAUGCAGGUCCAAGUGAAGCUCAAGAUGUAGGUCAAAGUCAAUAUGAUGGUCAAAGUCAAUAUGAAGGUCAGGGUCAACAAGACGACCCCAUUAUGAGUGAUGACGAUGACAGUGACAGACUGGAGCAAAUCCAGAGCGAGGUUGAACGAACCAAGAGGAAUAUCCAGGAUGUGAUAAGUGAUACUGAAAUAUCGGAGAUACCUGAGCAGAGCAAUGCCUCAGACCGUGGAAACUUUGAAGCGGGGGAUGAGGAACAGGAAGAAACACUGCUAUACACACAUCACGAUGAGGAAAGCAAUGGACGACUAGGUAGCAUAAGUGACGAUAAUGAGUUUAACAUCUCCCUAGACCAAUACCAGGACUUUCCCAUUACGUCGAGAAGCCAGUCCCGCGAGCAAACAUUACAGUCUGCGCUUGACAAUUCCGUCAUCGGCAACAUAUUCGAGUCAACCCCAAGGUCCCAGAACGGUAGGCCAGACAACCCCACCCCGCCUAAAUACAGUCGUUAUGACGAUCUGCAAUCCAAGUACACCCGGCCACGACACUACAGACCCAAACCAGACAAUGUGACCUUGACCUAUUUACCAUCCAGGGGCGUGCGCAGUUACAUCCCUUUUCUUAAGUCGUCUCCCCUGGAGGAGUUUUACACCGGAAAACAUAAAUUGGAGGACUCCGUUCUGAGGGACCGUGAUACAGAAGACUACACGGUACGGGGUGAAGGAAACAGGUCAGCGAAAAUACCAGCGCGCAUCCGCGAAAUCAUCACCAAGAACCUUGCGUCGGAUGAGCGAAAGACGCCGCUAGCGAUGUCGACACCAACACCACAGCAGUUGCAGGAAGAGAACCGGCUCCUCUCAUCUGAGCUUAAUCGCGUUGAAGACCUUUUGGCAGCGAGUCGCGCUGAACGGGAUGAGCUCGGGAUCAAAUACAAUGCUCUCAGCGAGAAGAUUCUCUCAUUAGAUGGUUCCAUCACCACACAGAGCGAUAAUCUAAUGGAAUCCCAUCUUCAAAGUACCAGACUAUCAACCAGUUCUCGUACAUACCAACUCGCGGCCCGUUGGUCAUAUAAACAUGGUGCAGACCAAGAAGAAGUGAAAGAGACGUCAGAAAGUAAUCUGGAGCAGUCCCUGCGAGGCGACGCAGCCGAUUCAGGGGACACCACCUCGCGCUCGCUCCUGCAGCAGAACAUUGACCUCCGACGCAAACUUGAGGACGAGCACUCGAGCUACAAGCGUAAACUGCAGGCGUACCAGGACGGGCAGGCAAGGCAGGCGCAACUCGUGCAGAAACUACAGGCCAAGCUUUUACAAUACAAGAAAAAAUGCACAGAUUAUGAAGAUAAUCUGAAAUACAAAGAGUUGAUUGGCAAAAGUGUCGAACGGAAGGUGCUGCAGUACAAACAUAAAUGUACGGAACUGGAGGAGGAGGCAAAACUUAAAAAUAAACCUGCCUCCAGGGAGAGUAAGCCUAAAAGUAGCCUGCGUGACCCGCCGUCUUUACAGAACACGUCAGAUCGUGUGGGCAGCACAGAGGCUCGAUUGAAGAUGGCCGAGUCUGAGCACAACAUGGACCUCGAGCAGAUCCUUAUCAGGCUGGAGGAGGAGCAACAGAGGUCUGCCAGUCUGGCUCACGUCAAUUCCAUGCUGCGGGAGCAGUUGGACCAGGCCACGGCAGCCAACCAAUCGCUGACAAGCGACAUUCACAAGCUGACAGCUGAUUGGCAGAAGGCACGCGAGGACCUGGAGAUCAAGGAGAACGAAUGGCGUGAGGAAGAGCAGAGUUUCAACGACUACUUCAGUGCAGAACAUGGCCGCCUGUUGUCGCUAUGGCGUGCCAUCGUAGCCUUCCGUCGAAACUUCAGUGAGCUCAAGACCGCGACCGAGCGUGAUUUGGGUCACGUGCGCUCGGACGUCACCAAGGCUGCACGUAGCAUGCACACGGCCUGUCUCAACCUGAAUGCCAACAUGCGUAACAACGAGACACAUACCCAGCUAUCUAUGGACCGAGAGCGCGGUGAGCGUCACUCCCUCGAGAGUCAGGUGCGUGAGGCUAGGCGAGAGUCAGCCGAGUUGCAGGCGCGGUACGACGCACACAGCGCCGAACUGAAUGCCAAGGUGAACGAGCUGACGAUGAGCAACGAGAGGCUGAAGAUCACGCUGGAGGAGAAGGACAAGACCAUCCAGAACCUGCGCCGCGCCGUCGAGCAUCUCGAGCUGAAGGCAGGGGAGAGAACCAUGUCCAAUAUGCAGGAGUCCGACAUGGCGCGUCACAUCAGGGAUGAGACAGAGUCCCUCCACAACGCUCUCAGAAGCAUUGCGGAGUCUGUCCUCAAUGAUGCCGCAGACGACGAUGGAACCGGCGAGGGUGAGACAGCGCUGUCCCGUGCCCGCUCCACUUCCCCACUCCCGCGGGCACGCUCUCCCACCCACCGUGUGCGGUCCAAGUCGCCCCGGGCCAGGUCACCUGCGUUUGCAGACGCCACGUUCUCUGCUGUGCAGGCAGCUCUGAACAAGAGGCAACUGCAGGUGGCGGAGCUGCGUGCCAAGCUGGCCGCUCAGAAGGACCACAACGCUGCCCAGAAGAAGAUGAUGGAUGACCUUGACAACGAGAAACGAAGGCUCGAACUGCAGAUACUGAAUCUGAAGGAAGACCUUGACAUUGCCAAGCGCGACCGUGAGGACACGACCCGUGACCGAGACCGUGUGAAGAACGCCCUGGGACUGACAAGCUCUGAGAAACAGAUGCUGGAAAGAGUGAGACAGGAGCUCAACGACCAGAUUGAACAGUUGAACUCGGAGAAUGAGAAGCUGCAGGCUGCCAACACGGAGCUCCAGCGCCAACGUGACAACCUGGAGGAUGAGAAGAUUGAUGUAGGCAAGGACAAGGAGAGACAGAUCAAGGAGAACGAACGAUGCCAGAGGAUCAUUGAGCAGCAAGAGCACAAGAACUCUGGUCUCAAGGAGGAGUUGGUAGCCACCAAGGAGGCCCUCAACAGGGCACUGCUUGACAGGGAGGUGCUGGACCAGCAGAGGCAGGAAGUUGGAGAGGCUCUGGACAAGGCUGAGAUGGUGAAGACGGAGCUGGAGGGAGAGCUGCACAAGUCCAGGUCAGAGGAGGCCGCGCUGAGGGACGCCCUGGUCAAGAUGCAGGCCCUCAACGAGGGGCUUGGGCAGGACAAGAUUGAGCUCAACAAGAUCAUCAUGCAGAUGGAGGCAGAGAAGGCUGCAGUGUACGGAGAGAAGCAGUCUCUGGAGCAGGAGCGCUCGGGUAUCCGGGAGGAGCUUGUCAGGGUGGAGCAGGAGAAGAUAUACCUUGACGCCGAAAAAUCAGGUCUGUGCCAGAAGCUGGAGCUGAGUGAGAUGACUAGAGAGCAGCUGGAGGAUGAGAUAGGAGCUCUGAACAGAGAGAAGGCCGAUGUCACUGAGCAGCUCAAUGCUAUAUCGCGGCAGAAGCAGGCCCUGGGAGAGGAGCUUGUGUCAGUGCGCAAGGACUGUGAGCGCCUCAGUGGGCAGCUGCAGAGGAUCUCUAAAGAGAAGGAGGGACUCACCCAGGACAAGGGCGAGCUUAUUGUACAGGUCACUGCUACGGAGCGUGAGAAUCGCCAGCAGUCAGAGCUGAUUGCUGCACUGCGCAUGGACAAGGAGAGCCUUGAAGGCAACCUGUACGAGGUGCAGAGUCAGCUGGCCCAGCUCGAGGUCAGAAAACAGCAGCUGGAGGUCGAGAACCAGGAGCUCCUGGUCAGGAAGGAGAAUCUGCAAGGUGAGAUUUCGCGCCUGGUGAAGGAGAAGAACGCAGACCUCGACAAGUAUGACCACCACCGUGAGGAGCUCCAGAAACGCCUGGCGCAGGUGGAGCGUGACCUGACCCUAGCCCUCACCCAGGAGAAACAGGCUCACGAGGAGGAUGUGGAGAGGCUCAUGAGGGAGAAGGACCACCAGCGUAACUCGUUUGAGAGCGAGCGCGCACAGGCUACUCACGAGUAUGCGCUGGAGAAGGAGGACAUGCAGCAGAAGUACAACAUUCUUAAGGAGGAACUUGAGGACCAGAUCUCUGCUCUGGGACGUGAUAGGGACAACUCCCUGCUCAUGGCUGAGAACGACAGGCAGCAGACGAUCUCCCUGCUUGAGCAAGAGAAAAGCACUCUAUCAGAGAAGAACAACAACCUGAACAUGGAGUUGGCGAGCGCGAACGUCGAGUACGAGAGACUCAAGCGCGAGUCACUUGCCCGACAGGAACAGGACCGGUCCAACGUGAACUCACUGCAGGCUGAGCUCAAGAACUUCCGCUCGCAGUUUGAUCAGACCUGCGAGGCGCACCAGAAUGAAUGCAAGAACCUGGCCACCCAGAUCCGCGACCUUGACCGUCAGAAGGAAGCGGGACUUCGAGAGGUCAGCGAACUGAAGGUCACACUGAAACUCGUGGAGGAGAACAGGGACAACAUCAAGCAUGACCUUACUGAGGCCAACAGGAAGAUCCGUGAAGCUGACGAACUCCGGGAGCAGUUGCGUAAGGACAUAGUGGAUGUGAAGCGUGAACUCAACCAUGAGACACAUGAGAAGGAGGCAGUUACCAAGACUGCUGAGGAGUUGCGUGGAACCAUCCGCAAAAAUGAGGGAGAGAAGAUUGAGCUCAAUCGGGCUCUUACUGACACCAGGCAGCGUGCAGCAGUACUUGACGAGCAGAAGGCGUCAGUCACCAAGGAGGCGGCUGAUCUUCGCGCCAGCCUGCGUGAGGUGGAGAAGGCACGUCUAGAUGCCCGGCGUGAGCUCCAGGACCUGCGUCGUCAAGUGAAGAUGCUCGACAGCGAGCGCAGCAAGCUUGGAAACGAGGUCAUCAACCUCCAGAAGCGGAUUGCCCAUGAUGAGGAGAAGGAGGAUGAGGCUAGACGACACCAAUUUGAUCUUAAACAGAAGGUUGUGGAAGGGGAGGCAAGUCGCGAGGCGCUUAGGAAGGAGCUCUCCAACCUCCAGCGCAAGAUGGCUGAGUCCGAGGACGAGGCGCGUCUCAAGGAGAAAGAUUACCAGAUGGCGCUAGAGGACAGUCGCCGCGCCGAGCGCCGUAUGGAGGACCAGAAACGCAACCUCGAGAUUCAGCUUGAGACCUUGAAUGCGGAAGACGCUGAACUGAGGCUCAAACUGAGCGGGUCAGACGGCCGUGUAAACGCGCUGGAAGCCCAGUUGGCUCGACUGGAGGGAACCAAGAGGGACAUCGAGUUCAAGCUGAACAGCAUCGUGUCCAGCCUGCGCCGCACCAUCGGGUUCAGGCAGGAGAUGCCCCGUGCCAGGUCUCCCGUUCGGUCCCGGAGCCCAAGCCCCAAGAGGUCACGCCCAACAUCUCCUUCUAAAGGUUUCGACAACACUUUUGCCACCACCACGGAGGGCCGAGGUAGCCCAAUCCCGCGCACAGGCUCGCCUGAUCGCGCAGGCAGCCCCUCUAGGGCUCUCAGGGCCCUAUCUCCAAUGCGCAACGUCAACAUGUCUGCCAUCGAGGUGGACCCAGAGGCAGUGCGCAUGGCCCUCCGUGAUUUCGUCAACCAACUGGCUAGUGCUGAAAGAGAAAGGGACGACGCCAUCUGCCAGAUGCGUAGCCUAGCAACCCAGUACAAGGAGCUGGACACAGAAAGGGAGAGAACUGAGAACAGACUGCAGCAGCUGCAGAAGGCCAUGUGUGAAGUUGAGGAGGACAAGCGUGGUAUUGAUGGCCGCCUCGCCAGCGCCCAGACGGCUCUCAUGCUCCAGGAGGAGACGAUCCGACGUAACGAGCGUGACCGCAAGGCCAUGGUGGACAAGAUCUCCAGCCUCGAGCGCAGCAUGGCCGCCAAGGAGUCUGAGGCCAGGCAGACACAGGAGCGUAUUGCAAAGAUGCGCCAGCAGGAGGCACGUCUGGAGGAGGAGAAGAAGAACCUCCGUAACGCGCUGGAGGACGCGGACAACCGGUGCACGCGCCUGGAGCUUGCACGCAGGUCUGCCGAGGGAGAAUUACAACGCAUGAAACUGGCCCUGAAUGACAAGGAUACCGAGAAUCAGGUGAUGCAGGACCGCAUCGAGUCGCUGACCAAGCAGAUCCAGGACCUGGAGAGCAAGUCCCAGUCGCUGCAGCUCAACAUCGACAGACUGUCCUCCACACUGUGUCGCGCUGAGGAGGAGGAGAGCACACAAAAAGAAAAGGUGAUCCAACUCAAUGAGCAUCUGUCAGACAAGCAGGCGACGAUGGCCGAGCUUGAAGAGCGUCUCACUCACCUGCAGAGGGCACUCACCUCCAGCGAGCACGACCGUAGGAUCCUCCAGGAGAGGCUAGACACUACUAGGCAAGCCCAGAACGAGGCCAAGAAGCAGAACCACACUUUGCUGGAGCGCGUGCAGACGCUGCAGAAUGAGAUCAGUGAGCUGGAUGUACGCCGUGCUGAACUCGACGGGCAGCUGAGGUCCAGCCAUGCAGUGAUUGUCCAGCGCACAGAGUCUGAGCAGGAGCUCAACCACAAGAUUGAGAAAAUCCAGGUGGAACGUACAAGCCUCCAGGAGCGCGUCCAGGCACUACAACGUGCCCUCGCUACCUUGGAGACAGAGAAACGCGAACAGGAACGCGAGCAGGUCAGACUGGAGAAGGACAAGGCAGCCUUGCAGAAGACACUUGACAAGGUGGAGCGAGAGAAGCUGCGUUCGGAAGAGAUUGCGAGCAAGUCGGUGAUGGAGCGCACCAGCCUGGACCGCAGCCUGUGCAAGGUUGAGGAGGACAACCAGGACCUCGCCACCAAGGUGCAGAACCUGCAGGCGCAGCUGGCGGAGGCUGAACAGCAGCAUGCCCAGAGACUGAUAGAUCUGACGACGCGUCACCGCGCAGAGACUGAGAUGGAGACAGAGCGCCUGCGCCAGGCCCAGAUGCAGGCUGAGCGCCUCCUGGAGUCCCGGGAACGCGCCAACAGGGCAAAGGUCAAGGGCUUGGAGGAGACAGUGGCCACACUGAAGGACCAACUAGCCCAGGAGUUCAAGAAACGGCAGCAGUACAUUCAGCGCAGCGUCCGUACUGGCGAAGAAAUCAACGACAUCCGCUCCAUGCUCGACUCCUCCCUCCAUAACGUGGGCAGAGACCCGAACAUCGACCAGCACCUGCUUGAGAUCGAGACCCGCAAGCUUGACGACGGCCUCGACGUGCAUGGUUACCCCAGCCGGUCACCAGCCAGGCGCCGGUCUCCACUCCGUACCCCACCCACUCGGCUAGCCGCACAGCAGGCACAAUUCCGUAGCCCAAUGUUUUCGAGGAAGAUGAAGAAGUAAUGUUUUUCGGGGGAUUUUAGGUGUUGAAUUUUUGUUUGUAAGAAGAAAUUUGUGGAUGAUGUUUUGCUGAAUUUGUAAAAAAAGCAUAUAUAAUGUAUGAUUAAAAACCAUUUUAGAUUUAGCCAUUGUGGACUUUUGAAUGAGUUUUUAAAUGAAAAUGGAUUUAAAUUGCGUUUUUAGGUUUUAUUAAACCAUUUAAAGUUAUUAAAAAAUGAAUUUCAGAAUCUUCACUUUGGGUUGAAUUGUUAAUUGCCUCGUUACAAAGGGUUUUCCUUUAGUCUAGCCAUAUUUCUUUUAGAAUGUGGGUUUCCAAGUCAAGACAUUUUAGUUGUUUGUUUUUUGUGAAAGUAGAAGUACUUUAAUUAAUUUAUCUUUAGUUUGAUGUAAAUACAUAAAAGGUUAAACUGUAUUUAUUAUAUUAUAUAAUUACUUUUAUUCAAUUUACUAUGUAACCAGAAAUAUAUAAGAAAUAUAAUAAUGUAUUGUAAUUUCUUUUAAUUUAAUUUAUACGCUAAAAAAACACUUGAACUAAGUCAGUAUUUUAUAAUCAAAAUUUGUGAAAGUAUUCCAAACAUUUAAUCCCUUAUGUUUAGCACAAUAUAAAUAAUAUAAUAGUACCCUGAUAGUUAUGUAGUGAAAUUGAUAUAUAUUUUUUCAGAUGACUAUUUUAUGUUUAGCUUUAUUUUGUGCCCAUAUUUAAUAUGUAUGUUGGGUGGGCAGAUACAAAAUAGCACAUUAAACAAAUAAAAACAUAAAUAAAAAUGUAGUUUUAGAUGCGAUGGUUUUUUACAAUUUAUUAAGCUGUUACUACAUUUAUGUUUGUUAUAAUAUGGCAAUAAUUAUCUUACAUCUUGUUUGCUGUUUUCCUUAUAUUUCUUUAUAUUUUAGGAAGAUGUUUUGUUUUAAUUUUAAAGAGACCUUUAGUUUUUAGACCUUUUUCUGAAAUUGGCUUCUACAGUUAAAACAGGCUAUCACUGACUGUGAUUAUUUUUAAUUUAGUCACACGUUCUUUGUUUAUGUUUUGUUUUCUUUUUUGUUUAAGAGUUUUGCAAUUUUAAAGCUUAUUUUUUCCAAGCAAUAAUGUGAUAUUGUUCUUUGUUUUUAGUUGAGCACCAACAUUAAACACAUGUUUAAUUGUUUUUUAAAAUGUGCCUGCACGUUGUAUAGAGAAUAAAACAGAUAUCUGGUAUGGAUUUUCAAGACCAAUAUAAAAACUGAUAUCGUUGAUUUGAUGCAUUUGUUUUAUUGGUUACAAUUGCAUAGCUAUGUGUGCUAUAUUUAUUUAAACUAUUCACAAUGUUUUGGUGAGAUGAUGUUUUGUUAUUGUUUUUUGUGUGCAAAGAGCAAAGUAUUCUGUGAUAACAAAGUGAAUGCUACAAAAAGUUGAAUUACUGGCACCAGGAAAUUGUUGUGCAAAAUAUUGUAUCAGGCCUUUUCUUGGGAUAUCUUUGGGUUCAUUAAAUGGACCCAUUCCCAUUGCAAAUUGGUAAAAAAAUCCCAAUUUGAAAAAAAAUCCUUUUUGCAAAAAAUGGCCAGGAAGAGUUCUCCUGGUAAUUUAUCAUCAAACCUAUAUUAAAUUGUGAUAAUUAAUUAUUUGUCGCAUUCCAUUUUAGGAUAUUUGAAAUGAGCUAACAGAAAACAAACUUUUCAACAUUUAAAAUGUUUUCUAAGACUAUUUUUUUUUAAAUAUUCAAUAAAACUGCUCAAAACAUUCCACAGUGACCAGUUAAUAAAGUAAAUACGAAGGCCUUAUAUAUUUAUACAAUGUUGUAAGGUGUCAGGAUUCUGUAAAGAAAGCGCAGUAUUAAAAAUAGGCAGCAAGCAUCUCUCUACACAGAUCAUGUUUCGUUUCUGCCAUGCCAUGCAUCUGAGUGAUUGAGAUUGUUCUAAAAAAAUAUUCCGUCCAAUAGCUUUUUUGCUGCCAGUGUUUUUUGUAUGUGAUUUAUGCAAUGGUCUGGGAACAAUGCUGGAAACUGUUGUGAUACCAUUUUAUAUACAUAAACAGUACAAAAGUCAUCUGUAGUGGUCCUGUAAUGUCGAAACCACCUGUGUAUAUGUUGUAACAUUUGUCAUUGAAUAAGCAUGUUUCAUGCAGAAAAAUGUCUUGGAAAUUUUGGACUUUGCGAACAUGUGCUUUUACAAACUAAUAUACUUACAACUUUAUUAUAUAUAUAUAAAUAUUUAUUUUUAUAUAAACCAUACAUAUUUAUGUGUGAUGAGGUUUAUGUGUUUAAUUGUUCACUUACAUCAGUAUGCUGACUAUAUUAUUUCAGCUCUUUUGAAUUGAUAGUUAAGCAUAAUUGUUUCCACCACGCAUAUAUUGGGUUUCCAACGUUUUCCUUAACUUUGAACUGUAGGAUUUGAAAAAUUGUAUUAUUUUUUUUAUUUAUAUGUAUUUCAUGUAGUGGUAUAAACUAUCACUGUUGUUUUGUUUUCAUUUUUCCAAUGUGUUGCAUUGUAUUUUGUUAGGCGAGUUUUGGGUAAAAAAAACAAAAGCAUAAAUUGAGAAUCACUUUUAUAAGGAAACAGUGUGUGUUUUUUAGUAUGGAAAAAUGACAAGUUAAUGAGACCAUAUUAAAUAAAAAAUUCUGCCAUUAGGGGUCAAGGAAAACAGAAGCAUAGAGCGUUAUACAUGCUGAGGUUUGGUAUCAAGUUUUAACAGUAAAUUUCUCUUAUGUGAACCUGUUGUAUUACAAAGACAAUUUGUUAUGUGCAUAUAAUUGUUUGACUAGGCAGAGGAGUAUUGUUGGUUAGAUGUUUUUUUAUCUAAUUGUGUGUUUAGAUAUUCAUCCAUGUAAUCUGCACCUUUUUGUUCUGUUGCCGCACUAUUUUGAUCCAUUUUGAUGUGAAUGUUGGAGUACACGAUUUGGGCUUUUUAUUCUUGUAGCAAACUUGUAGUUUGGUUGAAUUCAAUCGUUAUGUGACAAUAAGUUGAUUACUGAAUUUGAAUAGAAUCUUUCCAUUCCGUUCACUGUAUUUUAUCUGCAAUGUAAAUUUAAGCCUUUGCAUAUGUAGCUUGGUCCAGCAACGGUCAAGUGCUUAUGUAGUUUAGACAGUUAUGUAACUUUAUUGUUUCAGAAUAUUUUCUCUUGUUGAUUUACUUGUAUUAGUCUCAGAAGUGCAUUCAGUCAGUUUUCAAAUCCGUCCGAAGGUAUUUUUCGUUUUCAUGUUUCUAUAACGCUGUUUUAUUUUCUUUGUUUUGAUUUUACUCUUCUACUUUCUCGGCUUGAUCUGUGUACACGUAUCACCAUAUUUAAGAAAUAAAGUGUGUUUGUAGA